ACCAGAUGGAUACUCUUUUACCAUCGUUACAGCAGCUAGUUCUAAUCAUUGGUGUCAAUUAACUUAUUGGAUAAGUCACAUGAACAAUCUUAAAUUAUUUUUACCAAAAGACAUAAAAACAAGAAUAAUAAUUUACGAUUUGAAUUUAGAAGAACAACAUAAAUUUAUACUUGAUAAAUUUAAAUCAAAAAAUAAAUUUAAUGAACUACGAGAAUUUAAUUAUACAAAAUAUCCGGAAUUUUGGAAUAUAAAAAAAAAUAAAACUUCAAGAGGUGAAUAUGGUUGGAAAGUUGGAAUAAUUAAAGAAAUUUCGACUGAAUUUCCUGGAUUUUUAAUUUGGUCAGAUUCUGGAACUAUUAUUAGUCAAAAAACUUUAGAAAAUCUUCCUGAAAUUCUUAAAUUACAUCAUGGUUUUAUUUCUUCAAAAUCUCCUGAUACAAUGGCUAAAUGGACUCAUCCGGGUGUUUACAAAUAUUUUAAUGAUGAUGGUAAAAAAUAUAAAAAUGUUUCUAAUUGUAAUGCCGCGGCCUUGUUUUUUGAUACAAACAGAACUCAAUAUUUAAUUGACGCUUUAUAUGAAUGUGCUCUUGAAAAAGAAUGUAUAGCACCACGGGGAAGUAGUAGAAAAAAUCAUCGACAAGAUCAAGCUAUAUUGACUUAUCUCGUUACAAAAGAUCACAGAAAAUGUGAAAUAGAUGAAAUAAAUUUGGGCGCAAGGGUUCAUGGAUUUGAUCACAUCUGUAGAGAUGAGAAAAAGAUUGCAAAAGAAAUUGAAGCUGAAGAUAAAAAACACAUUAAAGCUGAAGAUAAAGAAUACAUUAAAACUUAA